AUGGGAGAAGCACCUGAGCCUGACUUCAACACCUCCCUCUGGCUCCACUCCAGCGUUAACACCUCCUGUAAUCCGCCAAUCAGAGCAGCGUGUUCAUACAGCACAGCUCAGUUCAUCCUCAUCGUCAUGGUAACCACCUCCCUCAGCUUCGUCACUGUCCUGGGCAACACGCUGGUGAUCCUGUCCAUCAAGGUGAACCGUCAACUGCAGACCGUCAACAACUACUUCCUGUUGAGCCUGGCGGUGGCCGACCUGAUCGUCGGCCUGUCGUCCAUGAACCUGUACACGCUGUACCUGCUGUGGGGCCGCUGGCCCCUGGGGGCCGCUGUCUGUGACAUGUGGCUCGUUGUGGACCACGUGGUGAGCAACGCCUCUGUUCUGAACCUGCUGAUCAUCAGUCUGGAUCGGUACCUCUGCAUGACGCGGCCGCUCAGCUACCCGGCAAGGCGGACAGGCAGGAUGGCGAGGCUGAUGAUCGCAGCUGCCUGGCUGUUGUCCUUCGUCCUCUGGACCCCCGCCAUCCUCUGCUGGCAGAAUGUCGGGGGCAAACGUGUGGUCCCUGAUGGAGAGUGUUACACCCAGCUCCUCGCCAGCCCUGCUGUCACUCUGGGGACAACGCUUCCUUCUUUUUACCUGCCGGCGCUCGUCAUGAUCGGCUUGUACAGCCGUCUGUCCGCCGCCAGCCGCGGUCGACUGAGCGCGCUGCGCUCAGAGCCAGGCGCACUCAGGACAUCCAGUCCGUCCAUAAAAGACUUCCUCCUGAAAAGACGGAGCCGGGUGACCAGUGAACCGGGCUCAGACCAGUCUCUGAACCAAUUAGAGCCCAGCACUCCGAAACCCAGGAGGAACCAGAAGGACACCUCUAAGCUGACGGACGUCUGUCUGUCCCCUCAUCAGUGGCACCCUCGAGCCGUUGCCCGCCACCCUAGGGACGAAGACUACAACAAGAUUGAAAACGACUCUUCGUCCAACACUGACCUCCACAGGACGGCCUCUGCAGCCUUUUCUUCCUGUCCCAGCUUCAGGUCCCAGGAGAGACGGAGACGUCGAGUGAUGGCCCGGGAGAGGAGGGUCACCAAAACCAUCCUGGCCAUCCUCCUGGCCUUCAUCCUCACCUGGACGCCGUACAACAUCUUGGCCGUCAUCGCUGCCUUUUGUCACGUCUGCGUCCCCGGCGUCCUGUGGACCACAGGGUACUGGCUCUGUUACGUGAACAGCGCCAUCAACCCCGGCUGCUACGCUCUGUGCAACGUCACCUUCAGAAACACCUUCUGCAGCCUCCUGCGCUGCCGCCGGUCAAAGCUCCGAUGAGGCUGUCCAGGUGUGUCUUCUCACGGUGUGGUUUAUGGCUGUCUGGCAGGUAAAGGAGGACGAGUUCAGUCCACUGGUCACGGUGUUUACUGACCAAUCA